GAGAUUGCCGCGGAGUAUAAAAGAACCUCGGGGACCGAAUACAUCAUUCAAAACAGCGAGAACAACCAAAGCAUCAGCACCAUGAAAUUUUUGAUCCUCUUCUUUGCCCUCUUCGCCGUGGCGGCUGCAUUACCACAAUGGGGUGGAGGAUUUGGUGAUCAACAGCAACAGCAGCAGGGAGGAUUCGGCGGUGGAUUCGGAGGUGGAUUUGGUGAUCAACAGCAACAGCAGCAGGGAGGAUUCGGAGGUGGAUUUGGAUUUGGUGAUCAACAGCAACAGCAACAGCAGGGAGGCUGGUUUAGACGCGCUAUUCACUGA